CCUUUUGUCUUCAGGUAUUGGAUGCCCAUAAAUAGGGCACACUUCCCCUUGAAAUACUCCACAAAUUAACACCAUUGUAUCUGUCCUCUGACUUGCAGAGCUUUUGUAAAGAAUCUUUUGCCCUAAAACCACCUCUCCUCAUAGUGUCGACAUGGAUUCUCUCCAAGAACAAGCCAUUUUGGUAGAGAAAGUCUGCCACUUUUACGACAAGAUCUCAAAGCUUGAAACCCUCAAACCCUCCAAGAAUGUCGACACUCUUUUGACACAGUUGGUCCUCACGUGCAUCCCACCCUCUUCCAUCAACGUCUCAACUCUUCCUACUAAUAUUCAAGAGAUGAGGUCUAAGCUCGUUAGGCUUUGUGGUGAAGCUGAGGGCCAUUUAGAGGCUCAUUACUCCACCAUUUUAGCCUCUUUUCAGAACCCUCUUCAUCAUCUUCAUGUCUUCCCUUACUACUCCAAUUACCUCAAGCUUAGCCUUAUCGAAUAUAACAUCCUCAAUCAACACUAUUCGGCUCAAUCUGGCCCCCCGAAGCGUGUUGCCUUUGUGGGGUCGGGUCCUUUGCCUCUUACAUCGAUUGUUUUGGCUUCUCAUCAUCUCAAGGACACAACUUUUCACAACUAUGACAUUGACCCUUUGGCAAACUCGAUGGCGUCUUGCUUAGUUUCUCCCGAUCCUGAUUUGUCACGGAGGAUGAUCUUCCACACGACUGACAUCAUGGAUGUCACAGAUGAGUUGAAGGACUAUGAUGUCAUCUUUCUGGCCGCACUUGUGGGGAUGCACAUCAAUGAGAAGGUUAAAGUGGUGCAACAUUUGGCUAAGUACAUGGAGCCAGGAUCCAUCCUGAUGCUGAGGAGUGCUCAUGGUGCUCGGGCUUUUCUUUAUCCGGUGGUUGACCCUGAACAUCUUCAAGGGUUUGAAGUUCUCUCGGUUUUCCAUCCGGAUGAUGAUGUUGUUAAUUCUGUUGUGAUCUCGCGUAAGAAUCCAGUGACACCAAACAUAGACCACAGGCAUCAUCAUCAUCAUCAAUUGGGGAUUGAAUCAUCCAUCAUGCCCUCAAGUUGCAAGUACUGUGAGUUCCAAAUGUUUAACAAUCCACUUAACCAGAUGAGCAUGAUUGAGGAAUUGGGAACUGAUGAUUAGAUAAUCAUCAAGAAAACUUGCUCCACAUAUCCAUUUGUAAUGCUACUUCUUAUAAACCUUUAUAUGCAUGUCUAACACUAUGUGAUUUGAAGUAAAUUAAUUUGAGUUUUGUGUGAUCUUAUAAAAAUUUGAAGAAAUAAAACAACCUUAGGUUAUGUUUA